AUGUCAGUUGCUGACGUGUCUGCUCAUGGCUCAGUCCAAACGCGUCAACAUCAGGCUGACGCUCACCCUUACCACAACCUUCCGCUGCUCCAUUCAACCCUUCUCCUCAAUCCGCCACCUUUUCUCUUCACCGCCCACAAUUUCCCUUUCCCUUUCCACCUUCCCUCCCCCACCCAAAUCUUCCUCACGCCUUUCCUCUCUGUGCUACUCCUCGCAGCAGGUGGCGAGCUCCCGAUCUCGCAGGCGGACGCGCGGUCGUUGCAGCAGAUGGAGAACAACAUUUUCCAGAACAUCCUCGUGCCUUUCAAGACCUUCUCCGAACGCAAGCAUAUCCCAGCAGCCAUGCACGUGGAGAAGAACGACAGGCGGGAGGAUGGGCUGGUCCACGUGGCAACCUCCUUCCAGGCCACCCGCCUCUACAUCGGCUCCAAGAAGAAGCUCUUUGGCAAGUCGUCCCAAGUGCCUGACUACUGCAGCGGCCACCUACCAGACACCUGCACGCUCAUUGUCGUGCAGGGAGGCCGCAAGAUCAGAGAGGCGCCAGGCGCCGCCGGCCCCCCUCCCAACCUGCCCGCCCGCUCCGCCCGCCACAGCAACCCUCCUCUCCCCCAGCAGCAAGCCCAGCGCGCCGAGCCCUCACUCUCACACCCCUCCGGGCCCUCCCAGUACGGCCAAGCUCCUGGCCCCCUGUAUCCCCUCCAGCAGCAGACGCAGUGGGCUCAGGCUCAGCCGCCCCAGCAAGCCCAGCGCGCCGAUCCCUCACUCCCCUCCGGGCCCUCCCCAUAUGGCCAAGCUCCUGGCCCGCAGUAUCCUCUCCAGCAGCAGACGCAGUGGGCUCAGCCGCCGCUGCAAGCCCAGCACCCCUCCUCACAGAUCCACACCCCAACUCCCCAGUACCCUCCCCAGCAGACGCAGCGUGCCCUGCCGCCCCUGCAAGCCCUCCCAGGGCAGCAGCAGGGUCAGCAGGGGCAGCAGGGGCAGCAGGGCCAGCAGGGGCAGCAGCAGGGUCAGCAGGGUCAGCAGCAGGGGCAGCAGCAGGGUCAGGGAUUUCUGCCUCGGGCUGGCAGUGGUAACGGGUCGGAUGGCACCCCUGCUGUUUAUGCCGACGCUGGUGCAGCUGCUGCAGGGGGCUCGUCGCAGGUGUCUAGCGCGCUCAGCUCGCCCACACAGAGCCCUCCUCUCUCCCCGCCCUCCCGCUCCGCCUAUACCAGUAUCUGUGACUCUGCUGCUGCUGCUGCUGCUGCUGUCUCCCCUGCUGGUGUUGUUUCUCCCUGGGGAAUGGGAGGCGGUGUGAAUGGGUUAGGAGGGAUGGGUGGCAUGGGUGGUAUGCCUGGCGUUGGUGGCAUGAAUGCAAUGGGUGUCAUGAGUGGAUUGAGUGGCAUGGAUGGCAUGGGCGGCAUGGGCACCAUGAACGGCAUGGGCGGCGGCAUGGGCGGCGGCAUGGGUGGCGGCAUGGGCGGCAUGGGCAGCAUGAACGGCAUGGGUGGCAUGGGUAGCAUGGGCGGAUUCGGUGGCGGCAUGGGUGGCAUGGGCGGCAUGGGCGGCAUGGGUGGCAUGGGCGGCAUGAACGGCAUGGCCGGCAUGGGCGGUAUGGCCGGCAUGGGCGGUAUGGCCGGCAUGGGCGGUAUGGGUGGCAUGGGGGGUAUGGGCGGCAUGGGCGGUUUCCCAGCUUCUUCUUCUCUUGGUGCCCCUGCUCUCACCCAUCUUUCCUCGAGCACCGCUGACAGCCAUAGCCCUGGCACUUCCUCCCUUCCCGGAUUCACCACAAAUCCCACCUCCAUGGGUACUGGAGCUGCUGCGGCAGGCGGUUUCCCGAACCAGGGGAUGCUUCCAGGCUCGGGAACAGACUCGGGGUCAGGUUCGGGAGGACCAGGCGGCCAUGCGGAGGGGGCGCAUUGGAAUGUGUACAGGCAGAUGCUAAGGGCGCAGCAUACGCAGCUGCAGCACAACCAGCAGCAGCAUCAGCAGCUGCUGCAGCAGCAGCAGCAACACAACCAGCAGCAGCAGCAGCAGCAGCAGCAGCAGCAGCAGCAGCAGCAGCAGCAGCAGCAGCAGCAGCAGCAGCAGCAGCAGCAGCAGCAGCAGCAGCAGCAGCAGCAGCAUGCAGGAGGGAAGCAGGCAGGAAUGGUUUCUCCAGAAAGAGUAUUCCCUGCUGUCACACGCUCUGGGAUUACCACUGGUGCUGCUGCCGCUGCUUCUGCGGCUGCUGCGGCUGCGGCUGCAGGGAUGGCAAGAGAUGGCAGUGUGGGCAGCAGCAGCACAGGGAGCACUGCGGAAUACCCUCUGUCAAGGGUGGACUCUGCACCCGGGCCUCCCCGCCAGCCGUCCCCCUUGGGCGGACAGCCCUCUGCUCACGACAGCAGCAGCAGUAACAACCACGCGAACAGCCACACCAUCCCGCACGCCAGCUCUCAUGCCAAUGGUCUUGCAAGCGCAGCAACAGCAACGGGAGGAGCAGGAACGGGAGGAACAGCAGCAUCAGGAGCAGCAGCAGCAGGAGCAGCAGCAGCAAGGGCAUUCCACGUGCCAGAUUGCGCCCCUGUGACGCGCACCAGCAGCGGCGGCAGUGUUGGCAGUCGAGGCAACCCCAGGGCGUAUGGCACUCUCACUGCCUCCCGCCACCACCCCUCCACCCGCAUGGGCGCCCCUAUGCCCAUCCCAGGGAGGGUUUCUCCUGCUCUUGAUGCAGCAGACGCUGGGGCGGUAGUGGCUGCCCAGCAGCAGCAGCAGCAGCAGCAGCAGCAGCAGCAACAGCAGCAGCAGCAGAGGCAGCAAAUGGUUGAGUCGAGUUUGAGGUCUGGGAGGGUUUCGUCUGCUGGUGAGGCUGAUAUUGGGGCGGCAGUGGCAGCGACGCAGCCGCAGAGGCAGCAGGGAGAGCAGCACGCGGGGCAGCAGGCAGGGCAGCAGGCAGGGCAGCAGGUGGGGCAGCAGGUGGGGCAGCAGGACGUUCAUUCAGUGAUGAGGCUGCACCAGCAUCAGCAGAUUGAUCAGAUGGACAUGUUUCGCAUGCACCAGCAGGCUCAGCUCGCGUUUCACCUGCAGCAGCAGCAGCAGCAGCAGCUGCUGCAGAGCCGAGCGGAGCAGAAGACCCAGCAGCAGACAGAGAAAAUGGAACAGCCACAGCAAGCACAGCACGCACAGCCAGCGCAGUACACGCAGCAGGCACAGCAGCCGCAGCAGGUGAGGAGGGCAAGCACAAUGCCUGGCAACGCUGCAGAUGCCGCAAUGGCUGUAUCCACCCUCGGGGUUACUUCCAGUGACACCCCCUCUGCUCCCCCUUCCGCAGCACCAUCGGUGCCGGUCACAGCCCCAUCCCCCUCUGCUGCUGCUGUUGCUAAGGUUGGCUCCUCAGUCCCUGGACCCGCGUGCACUGCCAACUUCAGCAGCAGCAGCUGCAGCAGCAGCAGCAGCAGCAGGCAGUCAGCAGCGCAUACUGACCCACCACCAGUAGUAGUACCUGUGAUGGUAGGAGCAGGGAGUGAUGCAGGAUUAGCAGGAGGAGCAUGGACAGCAGGGGCAGCAGGGGCAGCAGGGGCCGCAGGGACAGCAGCAGAAGUAGGGGGAACAGCAGCAGGAGCGGCAGCUGGUAGAGCAACCAGUAGCACCGGUUCUGAAACUGCAACUGGUGCUUCCCUUUCACCGCCUCCUCCUCCCAGCGACCCAGCAGCAGCAGCAGCGGCAGCGCACAUGCAAGCUCAAAUGGGCAUGGGCAUGGGCAUGGCAGCAGCAGCAGCUGGUGGUGGGUAUGGCAUGCCAGGCAUGGGACACGCAGGCAUGGGAUUUCCUGGCAUGCCUCCUGGGUUUGGCUUUGGCGGAGCUCCCUUUGAUUUCACAGAGCUCCUAGCCGAACUGGCUCGGCUGCAAGAGCAGGCUCGGGCAGCCCAGCUUGCUGCCGAACGAGCCGACCAGCAGGCUCGGGAGGCUCGGGAGGAGGCUCGGAUGGCCCUGGAGAACGCCCGAGCCGAAUCCCAGCGGCGCUUAGAAGCUGAACUGGAAAAGGAAUUAGCUAAGCGUCAGGCGGAGGAGGAGGCAAAACGGGCAGCGGCGGCAAAAGAGGAAGCGGCUGAGGCGAAAAGGGCCGCGGCAGAGGCAGCAGCAUCAGCUGCGGCCACUCUGGUGAAAGCGCAGGAGGAAUAUGCGUUAGAACGGGGGGUGAAGAAGCAGCAGGAGUUCCGGCAGUACACUAUAGAGGAACUGGAGGCAGCUUGUAACGGAUUCAGUGAGGAGAACCUGGUGGGGGAGGGCGGGUACGGAUCAGUGUAUAAGGGCAUGCUGGAGCACUUCCCUGUGGCUGUGAAGGUGCUCAAGAAUGCCCAGACCAAUCAAGCUCUUAAGGAAUUCAAGAAAGAGGUGGAGGUGCAGAGGGGGCUGCGGCACCCCACCAUAGUGCUGCUGAUCGGGUGCUGCCACAACCCGCCCUGCCUCGUGUACGAGUACAUGCCACAGGGCUCGCUCUACGACCGGUUGCUCUGUGACCGCGGCUCCCCGCCCCUGCCGUGGAACGUGCGGUUUGAGAUCUUUGAGAACAUGUGCAAGGCGCUCAUCCACCUGCACAACCGUGUACCUGCCAUAGUCCACUUGGACCUGAAGCCAGCUAACGUCCUCCUAGACAACAACUUCGUGGCUAAGCUAGGAGACGUGGGGCUAGCUCGUUUCCUGGUGGGGAUGGACAACGGGCGCUCCUUCAUGCAGCAGUCCAUGGCCGUCGGCACCUUCGGCUACGUGGACCCGCACUUCCUCCGCACCGGCCAGUUUUCCCGCGAGUCCGACGUGUAUUCCCUCGGAAUGGUCAUGCUCGAUAUGCUGAUAGGCAUCAAUGAGACGUCGGGGGAACGGGGGAAGAGGGACAGGGAGUUGGAGGCGUUGGAGGAGUGUGAGGAGUGCGGGGAUCUGGAGGCGUUGGGUGAGCUGCUGGAUCCGUCCGCUGGGUGCUGGCCGCCACGUGUCGUGCUGCGGUUGGUGCAGCUGCGCGGUGGUGGUGGUGGUGGUGGUGGUGGUGGUGGUGGUGGUGGUGGUGGUGGUGGUGGUGGUGGUGGUGGUGGUGGUGGUGGUGGUGGUGGUGGUGGUGGUGGUGGUGGUGGUGGUGGUGGUGGUGGUGGUGGUGGUGGUGGUGGUGGUGGCGGCGGCGGCGGCGGCGGCGGCGGCGGCGGCGGCGGCGGCAGCGCUGACAGACAUGUGAUAGUGGUGGUGGAUGAGCUGCGCCCCUACGUGGAUGCAGCAGUGAUGGUGGUGGUGGAUGAGUUGCGCCCAUACGUGGAUGCGGCAGUGGCGCUAGAGAGGGCAGACCACAUGGAUGACUACCGGGACUUCGUUCCCAACGAGUUCCGAUGCCCAAUUACUAUGGGCAUCAUGGAGAACCCAGUACUGGCAGCGGACGGGCACACGUACGAGAGGGAGGCCAUAGAGCAGUGGCUGCGCGUGCACUCCACGUCGCCCAAGACUGGGCGGCGGUUGGAAAGCAAGGCGCUGACAGACAACAUUGCCGUGCGAUCCAUGAUUGCCGAGUGGCUGGAGCACCGGCUGCAACAGAGAGAGUCACAUAAUCUUGAGAGCCUGAUGAGUGGCGAGCAAGUAGACGGUUACCACCCGCGCGGUUACGCUGAUUCACGUGACAUGCCUCUCCAUGGCGCAGGGGGCUUGCACAUGCAAGCAGGGCAGCCAGGGUCCUAUGAAGGCGGGGGUGCUGCAUCAGGGGAUUACAUUGGCAGUGAUGAUGUAGCCAGCGGUGGUUUUGCUGGUGGUGGGGAGCUUUAUAGAGAGACCAGGAAAGGAGGAGGGGUGUAUGCUGGGGGGGAUUAUUUGGAGAGGUUGAGAGGGGGAUGUAGGGUGGUGGAGGAGGGGAGUGAGUGGGACGAGGAGGAGGAAGAGGAGGGUGAGGGUGGGAUGAUGCGUCCUGUAGUGGAGGGGUGUGGGGGAGGGCAUAUCCAACCUGAUGCAGCUUCAGAGGACGAGUCAGUUCAAGGAGAAUUGAGGCGGAGAUAG